AUGUUCUCUCUGUUCCAGCGAGCCCAAACGGUUUCAAACUAUGUUCUGACGCUGGUGACGACGAUGGCGGCGGUCAUUUCGCUGUCCUGGCUACUACAGCUGCAUUUCUCGGCGCACGGAGAAAUCCCCGCCACAAUUGCAAUCAACAAGGCCGUCAACACGAUGAAGUAUUCGAGGAACUUUGGAGGCCGUCCGAACGCGGGCAAGGAGAACGUGAGAGUGGCAUUCGAUCUGAACGCAGACUUGUCGUCGCUGUUCAAUUGGAAUACCAAGCAGGUGUUUGUGUACCUUGUGGCUGAUUAUGAGGGCAAGGACAGUCAGGAGUCCAAAGUGGUGUUCUGGGACAAGAUUGUCGAGACCAAGCAGGAUGCGGUGCUUGACCUGACGGAUAUCCGGUCGAAAUACUCUGUGUGGGAUUACUCCCCCACCUUGCAUAAUAAAACCGCCACUUUCAAGCUGGAAUAUAAUAUCCAGCCGUAUGUGGGGCCCUUGAUCUGGGGCACGGCAGACGCCUCUACACAGCUACAGUUCCCUGAAAUAUAA